AUGAAAUUGUUUAGUGAACUGAAUAAUUCCGUCAGUGAAGAUGAGGAUGAAGAUAUGGAUGACGAUGAUGCUGAGGAGUCCCAAGAAGAACAAGCAGCAAACUCUCAGGAGGAAGACGACGAGGAGGAAGAUGAAGAUGGCGAUGAGCUUGACGAUGAUGAGGAUGAACCACCAGAUGCCAGUAAUGCUGCCGUAAAUAAAUCUUUGGGUGGUGGUAAUAAACCAAUUGUUUUGAAGAAACCCAACACGGCUGGCGGAGAUGCUGCAGCCUCGGCUGGUCCUGGUGGUGCGCUAAAAAAGAAAACUCAGAACCCUAAAAUAGCAAAACUUGUUGAAGAGGCCAUCAAGUUUCUCAAGGAAAGGUCAGGUUCAUCUUUGGUGGCCAUUCGGCGUGUCAUUGUCACCAAUCAUCCCAGCAUGGAGCAUAAACGUUUGGACAUGCACAUCAAACGCUAUUUGAAGUCAUGCGUCGAUAACGGUACAAUGGAACAAAUAAAACGUUCCUUUAAAUUUACCAAAAAAUACGAAAUCGAACGAAAGCGUUUGGAAAAGGAGCAUAAAAAGCAAAAGGAACAAAAGGAAAAGGAGAAAAUGAAAGAGAAGAAGGCCAAGGCUAAAGGUGAAAAGGCAGAUGAUGCCAAAUCCAAAAAACGUCCCGCAAUUAAAGAGGGCAAGGGAAAACCAGCUAAAAAGGCUAAACUUGAUAAACCGGCAGCUAAGAAGGCUGGAGCUAAAGCGAAGGCAGCCAAAGCAGGUGGCAAGGAAAAGACAACGGAUGAUAAAGCCAAGACCAAAAUGAAACCACGUAAAUCAAUUAAUCUAUUGGUAAAACCAACACCGCCACGUCCCAAGACCAUGAAGAAUGCCAGUGCUGCUGCCAAGAAGAAGAAAGCUGCGGCAACAGCCACAGCUGCUGGAAAAACUGCGGUGGCUGCUGGUGGUGCCAGCACCUCCGCUGCUGCUGCUGCCGGCGGAAAGGGCAAACGCAAAUAA